CUCCCACUUAGAAAUAAAUAAAACAUUUAAAAAAUUAAAAAAAAAAAAAAGUGAGCCUGCACCCACGCACCUCACUCAGGCAGCCCUGCAGUAGAGCUAGUGUGGGGCCAGUGACAUGUAGUCUUUUGUCACUGCUAGAGGGUAAACCUGUAGAGCAGAUCUUGGGGUCCUAGGAGGAUAUGUGGUGUGAUUCCUACCGUGGAAAAGAUUUGCUACUAGGACUGAACACAAUUUAUGCCAGUGCUGGGGGACAGAAGGGAAUGAGGGGGGCCCAAGAAAUCUGGGGUAUUUCUUGGCAGAUUUCAAAAUGAGACCAUUACAGGGAAGGAGGGCUGGGGCCAAGGGAAGAAGCUCACUAGCACCAUCAGCUGGCUAGCCUAAAAAGAAAAGCAGGCCCUGGACUCUGCCCCAUUCCUGCUCUCCACCUAUCUUUACCCUUUUCUCCCCUUUCCCUGGCUUUGCCAGACUCCGUCUCCCUGGGCUCCUGCCUCCUCACCCGCCCCUGGAGGGCGGGACUUGGCUGCACCCACGUGUGGUGGAGUUAUAUGCUCCGAGCCCCGCAGAGAAGCUGGGAGCGCAGCACUGAGCCAGAUCAGUUAGAGCAGUGGCACGAUGGCUGGCAAGAAAGUCUGCAUUGUAGGCUCCGGCAACUGGGGCUCUGCUAUCGCCAAGAUUGUGGGUGGCAAUGCAGCCCAGCUGUCACAUUUUGACCCACGGGUGACCAUGUGGGUGUUUGAGGAAGACAUCGGGGGGAAAAAGCUGACAGAGAUCAUCAACACACAGCAUGAGAAUGUCAAAUACUUGCCAGGGCACAAGCUGCCCCCCAACGUGGUGGCUGUCCCAGAUGUGGUCCAGGCUGCAGCAGGUGCUGACAUCCUGAUCUUUGUGGUGCCCCAUCAGUUCAUCGGCAAGAUUUGUGAUCAACUCAAGGGCCACCUGAAGGCAAACGCCAUUGGUGUAUCUCUUAUUAAGGGGGUAGACGAGGGCCCUAAAGGGCUGAAGCUCAUCUCUGAAGUGAUUGGGGAGCACCUUGGCAUCCCCAUGAGUGUGCUGAUGGGGGCCAACAUUGCCAACGAGGUGGCUGAUGAGAAGUUCUGUGAGACAACGAUUGGCUGCAAGGACCAGGCCCAAGGAGAGCUUCUGAAAAAGCUGAUGCAGACACCCAAUUUCCGCAUCACUGUGGUACCAGAGGUGGAUACAGUAGAAAUUUGUGGUGCUUUAAAGAAUAUAGUGGCGGUGGGAGCUGGCUUCUGUGAUGGCCUAGGCUUUGGUGACAACACCAAGGCAGCGGUGAUCCGACUGGGCCUCAUGGAGAUGAUCGCCUUUGCCAAGCUGUUCUGCAGCGGCCCUGUGUCCUCUGCCACCUUCUUGGAGAGCUGUGGUGUUGCCGACCUCAUCACUACCUGCUAUGGAGGGCGGAACCGAAAGGUGGCUGAGGCCUUCGUCCGCACAGGAAAGCCCAUUGAGCAGCUUGAGAAAGAGAUGCUGAAUGGGCAGAAGCUGCAGGGGCCCCCGACAGCCCGGGAGCUACACAGCAUCCUCCAGCAGAAGGGCCUGGUGGACAAGUUUCCUCUGUUCAUGGCGGUGUACAAGAUAUGCUAUGAGAACCGUCCAGUGGGUGAAUUCAUCAGUUGCCUGCAGAAUCAUCCAGAACAUUUGUGAGCUGGGUUGGGGCCAGGCCAGGCAGUUUCUUCACCCCAGUGGAGACAGUCGGAAGCUUGGGGUACCUGGCCACCAGGAUCUCUGUGACUCUCCAUGGAGCAGCCUCUUAUGGAGGACAGGAGGCUGUGGGGCCCAACUACCUGCCUGGAGAUCUUGAAUCAUCAAGCAGCCUAUAGCCUCUUCAACCACAUCUUGCCAGAAAUGGAGUUGCCUUGUCCCUCUCCAAAUGUGGGGCUUUCUCCUUGUCCUCUGGAGGGGGUAGAAUCAUGCCCCAGUGCCGUCUGCUUUGGGUGUAUGUGUUGGGGGGAGGGUGAAGGGAGAGGGAGGCAAGGGCUGCCCACUGCUGCCUCACACAGACCAGGAGUCCUGUCCCCAAGCGCAGUUAAAUGGCUAAAGAAGUACCUCAGCCACAAGAGGAAUGAGGCAAGGGCUGCCAAGGAGGAGUCUGGGCUUUUGAGCCAACACAGGCCCCAGGGACCCCUUUGCUCUGACCUCUGCCAGGCCCCAAAAAGCAUCAAUGGAUCUCAGUGUUUGUUAACAAAAUACAAAGCUCUCAACCCCCUCCUAGCUUCUCCUAGCAACAUCUGCGUCCUCAGAAACCUCUGGUCAUUCCUUUUCCCCCCACCCCCAGGCUGCCCUGGCACCAGACUUGCUGCCAUGCUGGCAUCUCUGGCCCUGGAGCUUGUCAUUCUCCCCAGGGACUUCCUAGCUCUUGCCAGCUCCUCCCCACCAUGCAUGACCUUUCUGAGCCUUCCCUCACCCUCUUGGCAAGCGCCCUCUGGGGAGCAGGAACCUAAUCUGCUGACAGCUACACCUUUUCAUAGAUGGUUCAGAUCACUCUGCUCCCUGUAACCUUUGUAUUUGCUCUGCCUCUCUUUGGAGCUCUAGCUGGGGGGGGGGGGGGGGGGGGUCAUUUGGGUGCCUCCGGCCACUAUCUUCCCAAGGACAUCCUUGGUUCCACCCUUUUUCUCCUCCCAAACCCUGUCCCUAUUUCUCAGCUGCCCCCAGAGCAGCCAGGGCAGCUAACCAGCACCUGCAUCAGGAGGCCAGGGGCCAGAGAGUAGCCCAAAGGCUAAUCAGGGACAGGGAAGGAAGAGUGAGCAAGUCCAUGUUGAUGGCCCCUGGCGUUCCAAGGCCGGCUCCCCUUUGUCAUCUGAAGGCCUUCUCCUGAGGUACUGACCACUUCUGGCACCUCUGGAGCUUGGAAACUCAGGGAGGAAAACAUUAAAACCACCCUACCCUCUGUGGUGAGGGAAGAACAGGAAGGGGAGGAGGGAGUAUGCUUUGAACUGACUUUGUUUCAGGAUGGGUUGGCAGUCAGGGAAUGUCACAGGUCAGCAGCCUGGGCCCCUGGCUAUAAAUAGGCCGUGGGCCUGCCACGCUCCAGCCAUGUUCAGCAGAGGAUCUCAGCUUCCUAUGUGGCAGCACCUGGCACACUGUGGCUCCGCCAGCAUUAUAUUAACUCAUUCUUACUCUGUGCCAAACCAAGGAGGCAGGCUCCUUUCAGCCCCCACCCUCCAGGAUCCACUGCCCUACCAGUGAAGGGCAGAGCUGCGGGCAUCAGGCUGCAGGAGUGAGGGACGCAGCCACCCCAGAUUUGGCUGGGCCCAGGUCCGGGCACUGACUGAAACCAGAGCUGCCUCCCCAGGAGGUCAAAGUGGGGACAGAAAGACAACACUUUCCCCUUCAGCGGCAGCUGCGACCUUGUUAGGUAUCCCGACACCUUUGCCUACUUUUGUUCACUCCAGAGUUAACAAUCUGGGCCUUCCAGUCAAGCCUACUACUUGUCUAUUCAAUAAAUCGUGGUUUUUCCA